GGUAUUUGCAAUGCCCUGCAACUUUUCAGUGGGCCAUGAACAUGGUUUUUCAUAAUUUCGUACGGAAGACUCGUUUGGCACACAGCAUCAUCAACUACUGCGUGAUUGUGUACAUGGAUGACAUCCUAGUGUAUUCGAGUUCCUACGAGGGACACGUGCAACACAUCGAAUGGGCACUGCAUGCGUUACGAGAUGCAGGUUUCAAGGUGGCGCUUGAGAAGUGUCAGUUUCUCCUCACCACCAUUUCUUUCCUGGGGCACGUGGUGACAGACAAGGGACUCCAACCGGAGCCGCAGAAGGUGGCAGCUGUCAGGGAUGCGCCAGUGCCUACCACUAUCACGCAAGUUCGCGCCUUUCUGGGCCUAGCUUCGUAUUACCGAAGAUUUAUCAAGGGUUUCGCGGAGAUUGCGGGACCCCUCACAAAUCUUCUGUGCAAGGAUCAACCGUUGAUCUGGACGCCAGAGUGCGAUCAAGCGUUUUCCAAACUCAAGGCUGCUCUCAUUUCGGCUACGGUCCUUAUAAGACCGGAUCCCGAAAAACCUUUUGUUCUCAUCACCGACUGGCAGCCAGAGGCAAUUUCGGCGAUCCUUGCCCAGGUGGGACCAAGCGGACUCGAGAGUGUGGUGGAGUAUGCGUCCAAAUCAGUACCCGCCUGCAAGCGCAACUUCGCCGCUCCGACGGGAGAAUGCUAUGCGGCUCUCUGGGGAAUCAGUCACUUUCGUGCUUACCUGUAUGGGCGAAAGUUCACCCUGGUGACUUGUCAUGAGCCCCUGUUGGCUCUGAAGAAGUCGAAGGAUUACUCGGGCAUGAUUGGGCGAUGGGCAAUGGUGCUGCAGAGCAUGGACUUUUACAUUCGUCAUCGGAAGCACGAGAGACAUGGGAAUGCGGAUGAAUUGACACGACUGCACCGACCUGAGAAAGUUCCGAGGAAUGAGGAGGUGAUUCCGUGGAACGAACCCGAGCAGAAGAUUGGACCUCGGUACGGCCAAGUGGAGAUUUUGUCGAAGCAAACGAGCCACGUCACCACAGUGGCGGCAUUCACCGGCGACAUCAGCUCGGUCAAUCCGCUGCGGCAUACCGCGAUCUUGGCCUCGAUGCGCGAGUGGACGGAGCAAGUGUCCAACGUGUGGCAGCACGUCCUUGCCCGAGAGGGGUAUAACAUCAUUCCGAUCUUUGCAUUGGACCUUGACGGCAUUCGCCGAUCACCGCGCGAGCGGCCAUUGGCAGACGAUCUCUCACCCGACAUCUACGUUCAGAGCGACAACAGUCCUGCUCCGUACAUUUUCGAGCGAUCCUUGGAUCCGUACCUUCAGUGGACUUCGUGCUUGGAGGAACCUAGGGACGAGGAUACGCUACCAUCGCGCCAGGAGUAUUUGAAGUCAUACGAGAUCAUCCCUCACGCCUUCUACCCGAGGGCAGAAGAAGUGAUUGACGACGACGAUGACGAAGAAGAAGACGACGACGAGGAGAUAUCAGAGGAGGGAAGCCAUAGUGAACAUAGCGAGGGCGAGCUGAGUGAGGAAGAAGAAGGAACCGGGUCCGAGUGGGAAGCCCCGCCGGAGGAAGCGACGCGUACGGGAACGGAGGCGGAAGAUCCGGAAGCGGCGCGAAACCGCGAAUAGAUUGCCUCUGGAAAGCGCCAGCUGGAGUUCGCUAGCGAGGCUAGCCUGCGCAUCGG